AUGCCUAAUAUCAUCGUUAUUGGAGCAGGAGUCUCCGGGCUGACAUCAGCGUAUCUCCUAUCCAAGGAUCAAAGCAAUAAGAUCGCUGUUGUAGCAAAGCAUAUGCCAGGCGACCACGACAUUGAAUAUGCAUCACCAUGGGCUGGCGCAAACUUCAUGCCGAUGUCCUCAUCAUCAGAUAGUCAAUAUGAACGCAAAACAUGGCCCCAACUCAAGCGGUUAGCGACAGAUGUACCAGAAGCAGGCAUCCAUCUUCAGAAAUGUCGAAUCUAUCGCCGACGAAAAGACAUGGAUAAGCUAAGAAGUAGUGGCGGCACAACUUUUAGCAACGUGUUUGCUGAGAACCCCUGGUGGCGCGAACUGGUGGACGACUACCGAGAUCUCCCUAUCUCCGAGAUGCCAUCAGGAAUGGCAUCAGGCUGUGAAUUCGGCUCUGUAUGCAUCAACCCGGCGCUUUAUCUCCCAUGGCUAGUGGGCCAAUGUCGCGCAAACGGAGUGGUGUUUCAUCGAAAAGUUUUAACACAUGUAUCUGAAUUACGAUCCAUUGGUGUUGAUGGUUUCAGUCCCGAUAUCGUUGUCAAUGCGACAGGACUAUCAUCUGCCAAGCUAGGAGGUGUCGAGGAUAAAAGUUGUUACCCCAUCCGCGGGCAAGUGGUCGUAGUGAGAAACGUGGCCCCAGCGAUGAUAUGCGUUUCUGGAACGGAUGACGGCGACGAUCAGGCAUGUUAUAUGAUGACACGAGCUGUUGGUGGAGGAACAAUCCUAGGAGGCACGAUGCAGAAUGGAAACUGGGAGAGCCAACCGGAUCUCAACACCGCCAGUCGCAUCAUGAAGAGAGCUGUGAGUAUGUCCCCUGAGCUGACAGAUGGCCAAGGGCCGGAACAUCUUGAUGUUAUUAGACAUGGCGUUGGGUUAAGACCUGGAAGGGAAUCUGGCGUCAGAAUCGAGAGGGAGAAAAUGGAUGGAAUCUGGGUCAUACACAAUUAUGGACACGCUGGGUGGGGCUAUCAGGGGUCGUACGGAUGCGCUGAGAAGGUUGUUGCUCUGGUUAACGAGAUCGUGCCGCAAGCUAAACUAUGA